AUGACCAGAGCAGAAGAUCCUGUGGCAGAACUACAGAAGAAGUCACUAAAUAUUUUGAAAUGCCAGCUUUUCUCAGAACAGAAGAGGGAAAAAGUAGAAUGUCUAACUUUAAGCCCUGAUGGAUAUUUCUGUGCAAUAUCACGCAAUGGAGGUAAUAUAACUGUAUGUGAUACUCUGACAUUUCACCCUUGGUUAUCAAUACCUGGUAGUAAAAAUUGUGUAUUACGUAGCCUAUUUCUCCUUCGAAAAUUUGAAAGUAAGGAUAUAAAUGACGAUAAUAUGACUCAAUUGGAUUCAGAUACUGAUGUACAAAGUGUUUUUAGUGAGACUACAGCUUGUACAUCUCCAAAUAAAACCCCAAACCGUAUUACAUAUGGGGAUAUUGAGGUCGAUAAUGUUUUGAUAGGUGGAGCACAUUAUCUGGAAAACUAUCGUCUUAUUGGCACAGGUUUAGAUGGAAAUAUAACCGAAUGGGAUAUCUGUACAGGUAGAGUUCUAGAUAGUUUAUUGUCAUUUGGUGGAGCUAUAUUUCAGGGUGCCUUAUCACCAAAUGAAACACAGCUAGCAGUAGCAUGUACUGAUGGUUCCAUACGCAUAUUUAGCCUAUUAAAUAACAUGGUUACAUAUUCUUAUGGCUUACCUAGACAUUCUAGUAGCAUUCUUUCUCUUACAUUUAUGACUGAGGAUUACAUUUUUGCUGGAUCAAGUGAUGGAUGUAUUUUACAAUACAAUUUGAAAUCGAAGAUAUGUGUUGAGAGGAUGACAGUACAAGCAGGUAAAAAGAUUAUAGACAAGAAUAUGAAUAGUGAAGUGUCUGUGUGGUGUUUAUUAUAUAUUGAGUCUGAAGGUGUUUUGUUUAGUGGAGAUUCUAAUGGAGUUGUUAUGGUAUGGGAUUUAGAUACAUAUACAGCUCUGAAUAUUUUCCAACAGCAUCAAGCUGAUGUACUAACACUAUCUAUAUUAUAUCAAUGGGAAUUACCAAAUAAGAAUAUGUGUAUAGUUUCUACAGGUAUGGAUGGAAGAGUAGUUUCGUAUAUUAAUAGUACUAAUGGUAAUAAAAAUAUGGAAAUUGGCACUACACGUUGGUUACCCACUGACUUCUGCUAUCCUCAUUCCAGCCAUAUUGGUGCUAUAUCAACUGUUUCAGAUCCACAGCCUAAUGGCCCCAUUGCAAUAACAGGCUCUUGGGAUGGCAGUCUUGUCUUAUGGAUUGCAAUAAACCGAAGUAAGAAUAACAACCAGACAUGUAUAAGAUCUCGUAAUUCUAAGCUUAAUCACCACUUCAAAACACUACCUAUUGGUGUAGCAAUCGAGAAACCAGUGACCCAAAUAAGUCUAAAUGAACGUCUUAUUUUACAUCAAAAUGAGGAUUUUUUGGAUAUUUGGUUUAUUUUAGAACAUAAGUCAGCAAAACCUAAUAGUAUUGAGUCAAGCAUUCUACAUACUCCAUUACAAUCUGCAUACAAAUCCUUAAAUUCCCUCACCUAUUCAUUUGCAGGUGAAUCAUAUAGUGAUAUUUCCUUUGUACCAAUUCAGCCAGUAAAACUAUUACAGUUGAAAUUUGCAACAGUUCAAAAUCCUCAUAUAAUUUGUAGUGCCUUAAGCCAUAAAGGUAACUACAUUGUUGGAUCUAUUUUGAGCGAUGGAAUUAAAGGAGUUUACUUUGACCUAGAAAAUCUUCAAGUUGCUGAUAUUCCACUAGAAUCAACAAGGGGAGUUGAAGCUACUAGUAUGAUAUUUAUAAGCAAUACAGUUCUUGUAAUUGGUGGCUACAAUAGUGAAAGUAGAUCAUCAACAAAUCUCCAAGUUCUAAUUGUAGAUGUUGAACGGGAUAUAAUAUUAUCAUCAGUUUUACUCAAUCCCAGCAAAUGUUAUGCUGAAAACUCUAAAAUUUCUCAUCUAAUACCCCUUGGAUCUAUUACUAAGAUUAUUGCUUCAGCAGAUAACCAAUGGCUGGGGAUUACAACCUCUUGGGGUGAUGCAUUUAUUGUAGCAUUAGAUUCUAUGAAAGUUGUUUGCACUUUACCAAGACCUUAUACAACUACUUACAGAUCUAUUGGUUUUAAAGAAUGCAAGGCUCCAAUUGUCUCAGUCUGCUUUAGUCCAUAUGAGAAAGAUACUUUAGCUGCUAUGACAUCUGAUGGGUUUUACUAUAUAUAUAGCAUAACAAUGAAUAAAAUUUUACCCUUGUAUCAAAACAUGGAUAAUUCUUUGGAAAGUAAUAUAGAUCAUAACUUUGUUGCUCAUAUCCCCAAAAAAAUUUACUCGCCUUUAAAACAUGGUCCAAUAUUUUCAAUUACUUGGACUAUUAAUGGGAAUAUAUUUAAUAAUAACAAUUCAACUACUUCAAGCAAAUCUAAAACUAGACCAAAUCAUAUAUUAGUUAUAAAUACUAGUGGUACAAUUUGUCAUGUAAACUUGAACAGAGAUCCAAAAUUACCUAAUGUAGAAGUUAGAAUUUCAACUGUAAAUACUACAUUUCCCGAAACAUUAAGUGCUGAGAAAUAUCUAUGUGGCCCUGUAUAUGAUCUCCCUAGAUUCAAGAAAGCCAAAUUAUUAUCUGAUAUAUUUAUGUUUUUUCCUGAAAGAGGUAUUGAAUCUGAACUUGUUGACUUUACAAAAUCUGCAAAGAUUCACCAAGAAGUACAAAGUAUGAUAUACAAGAAAUCAGAUCGUCAAAGCUUUGUUUCACCAAUGGUCUAUGCAGCAUUUUGGGUUAACUCACCGAAAUGGAUGUGCCUUACAAAAAACUAUGAAUUUGGCCACAUAGAUGGUUUCUUGAUAGUCAUAUCAUCUAAGCGUUCUACAACUGAAAGUAGUGAUUCUUCGUCAAAUGAUAAUACAUUUCAAAGGAAACGGUAUGCUAGCUAG